UAAAAAAAGAGGAAUAUUCGUCCAUCGACAGACCGGAAGAAAUGAAAAAAAACUUCUAGAAAGCCUGCUAUUUGACCAUUGCCAGAUCCAGCAAGGUGUGUUAUUAAAACGAUAUAUAAAACGAAAGAGACGGUGAUGUAUUUCUUCAUCCGGCUAACAUAAGCUAAGUUAUUUAAGAGUCCAUUGAUAAAAGAUUAAACGUGUGUCCUCUACACUAAGCCAUGGGAACUGAUAAGAGGCCCAGUCGGGGUGAACGUAAUGGAAGGUAUGGUUCGGAUGGGAGGAGAGAUGAUACAGAAUGGCAUGAAAGACGAAGUAGAGAUGUGGAGAGGGAUUAUGACCGACGAUGGAGUGAUGAUAGACACAGAGAGCGCUUUGAUGAGCGCAGAGACAGUCCAGAGAGGGGCCGAAAAAGACGCAACAGUGACAGAUCUGAUGAUGAAUAUGAUGGGGAUUAUCCAGACCAGGACUACAGAAUGGAGCAGGAGGAGGAGAGCAAAACUAUUAUGUUAAGGGGUCUCUCUCUUCAUGUCACAGAGGAUGAUAUCCGCACGGCACUUGAGCAACUGCAGGGACCCCAACCUGUGGACAUACGUUUGAUGAAGAAAAGGACAGGUAUAAGCCGAGGUUUCGCCUUCGUGGAGUUUUAUCACUUGCAAGAUUCUACCCGAUGGAUGGAGACCAAUCAGAACAAGUUGGUGAUCCAGGGGAAAAGCAUUGCAGUGCACUACAGCAACAGGAGACAGAAGUUCGAGAACUGGCUUUGCAAUGCCUGUGGUCUGUACAAUUUUCGGAAGAGGCUGAAGUGUUUCAGGUGUGGAGCAGCAAAAGUUGAAGGAGAGUCUCCUGGAGUAAAUGGUUUAAAUGUAGAGUCAGCGCAGCCAGGAGAUUACAAUGGAGACACAAUCAUUUUGAGGAACAUCGCCCCCCUUUCAACUGUGGAUGGCAUUUUGAACAUAUUGGCCCCCUAUGCCAACCUGUCUGCUGGCAACAUCCGCCUUAUCAAAGACAAGCAAACAGGACAGAACCGAGGCUUUGCCUUUGUCCAACUCUCCUCUCCCUUGGAGGCCUCUCAACUGCUUACCAUUCUCCAGAGCCUUCAGCCACCUCUAAAACUCGAUGGGAAAACAAUCGGUGUGGAUUAUGCCAAGAGUGCUAGAAAAGACUCAGCACAGCCUGAUGGGAUCAGAGCCAGUGCUCUCUCUGUUGCCAGCACAGCCAUUGCUGCUGCUCAGUGGUCAUCCAGCCAGUUACAACAAGGCUCAGGUGCCAGCUCUGACUACAUCACUCUUCCAGAGGGCUUUGCACAGCAAACGCAGGGACAGAAUUAUCAAGUGUGGCAGCAGCAGGCGGAAGGAUUGUCUCCUGUCGUCGGAGAUGGAUUGCUCGGAGCUGCUCCAGGAAUGAAGACUUUGAUCCCUUCAGCCACUGGUGUGGUCAUAUCCCAGACGGCUCAGGUUUAUCAACCUGUGAUUAUCAGCCAGCCUGCCAUACAGUCACAUCAACUUGCGAGGGCGGUUGAUGCCGUACAACAGGCUGCUAGUGUUAGCACUGCAUCACUGGUGACACCAGCAGGUUCCACUGUUGCAACUACGGUUCCUGCUGCCCCGUCUGCUCCUACAUCAGCUGACCCCGACUCCUCUACAUACCAGUAUGAUGAGUCUUCAGGUUACUAUUACGAUCCACAGACUGGUCUGUACUAUGAUCCCGGCAGCCAAUACUAUUAUAACUCCAAGACUCAGCAGUACCUCUACUGGGACAGUGAGAAGGAGACAUACAUCCCUGUGCCAGCAGACACACGCACAGAACAAGCAUCCACAGCUAACACAGCAGCAUGUUCCUCAGCCACAGUUGCCACAAGCAGUAAAGAGCCCAAAGAGAAAAAAGAGAAACCCAAAAGCAAGUCUGCACAGCAGAUUGCGAAGGACAUGGAACGCUGGGCAAAAAGCUUAAAUAAGCAAAAAGAAACUUUUAAGAGCAGUUUCCAAGGCUUAGGACCAUCUAAGGAGGAAGACAAGAAAGAGUCUGCUGCUGCCGAUGCAGGUUUCUCCCUCUUUGAGAAAAAGCAAAUGGGAUGUUUUGAGAUACCAUCCCUCAUGAAUGAACAGUUCAAAAUGCCAGAGCUGGAGACUUCCACUAAGAGUGGUCUGGUUGCUGCUUACAACGGGGACAGCGACCCAGAGGAGGGCAGCUCAGAUAGAGCAGCGGACGAGGAGGGAAAAAUAACAGACUGGAAGAAGAUGGUCUGUCUGCUGUGUCGACGGCAGUUCCCCACCAAAGAGGCUCUGCUGCGUCACCAGCAGCUCUCUGACCUCCACAAGCAAAAUUUGGAAAUUCAGAGAAGAUCAAGACUUUCAGAAGCUGAGCUGGAGGAGCUGGAGAGGAAAGAGACUGAGCUGAAAUACAGAGACAGAGCUGCAGAGAGGAGGGAGAAGUAUGGUGUUCCUGAACCUCCUGCACCUAAGAAGAAAUUUUAUCAACCUCCGACCCCAACAGUAAACUAUGAACAGCCAACCAAAGACGGCCUAACAAGUGAUAAUAUUGGGAACAAAAUGUUACAAGCCAUGGGCUGGCAGGAGGGCAAAGGUCUGGGGCGCCACCAACAGGGCAUCACUGCUCCUAUCUCAGCUUCAUUAAGGACCAAGGGCACAGGCUUGGGUAUUAAAGGAAGCUCAUAUGAACUCUCAGCAUCUGACACCUACAAGGAUGCUGUUCGUAAGGCCAUGUUUGCACGCUUCACUGAGAUAGAGUGAACUGGAGAGAGAGAAGUAAUCACACUGAACUGUGAAAUCCUAAUUUUGUGGCCAAAAAAUCUUACUGUGACAAGGAGAAAAGUUGAUGUUUUUUUUAUCUCCCUGUACAGUUUUGAACUGUAAUUUAUAUCCUCUUAAUGUAUAAAGUGUAAAAUGUAGGUUUGUUUAAUAUAGCUUGAUAUUUUGUCAUCCAAAUUAUGUCAUGUUGUAUAAACUUGUACAUUUGUUUUAAUGUUAAAACAUAGAAUGAUGUUGAUCUGCUGAGGUUUCAUGUUCGUGUGAGACUCUAAAAGAAUCAGUGUGAUCAUUAAACCUGACAUUUGUGUCACAAAUACUUCUAUAAAAGUUUUUUCUCCCUUUUGAACAAAUGUCCUAGAAAGAAUGUCAUAGAAAAUGGACAACUUGUCAUUUAUGCAACGUUACUUCAUAAUACUACAGAUUAUUGAAUAAUACAGUGCCCUGCAGCUUUUGCGUUACCAUUCUUAUGUUGUGAAAAUAGGACUCAAAUGCUUUUACUUUUGUAAGCAACAGAAAUUUACCACGGUAGGUAUACAGUAAAAUUAUUGCAAGUGCAGUUACUGAGCUGUUAAACCACAAACUAAUGUGAUUGGCAUUAAUGAUCUCUUAGAUCAAUAUUACGAGGUCAAAGUGGUCUGAGAACUUGAGAGCAAGCUGUCAUUCUUACAUAUGACCUGACAGUGGAUGGUUGUUCUUGUCAAGUUUCCAUUUUCCAGUUCUAAAUGCUUCCAUACCACUAUUAAAAAUCCCUCUUAACCUAAUGCACAUCAAUUCAUUUCAUGGUUAGAAUCUGCAGGUUAAGCCUGUUUUUUUGUGACAUUGAUACAGGCGGAAAACAAGGAGGAAACAUGAUUUGAGAGGUUAAACCUUUUGGUAUCCCCCAGACUGUACAGCCUCAGUCUCUACUGUGGUUUUAUUGUACAGUACAGAAAAAUAAUCUAAAAAAUAUUUUGACUGAAUAUUUGUUGUUUUGAUAAAAAUAUAACAUCAUUUAGUCUUUCUCUCAGCUACUACUAGACAUGUUCCAUUAUUUGUGCCAGACGCCCUUUUGGCUGCCUUCAUAUCCUCUUUCCUGGGGCUCAGUGUGUAGCAUGUUCCACCAGCUCUCGCCUCAGUGGGAAUGUCAGUGUUUUUGAACAUGCUCCACAGAACUUUGUGUCGUGUGUGUUUGGGUCAUUCCACCUUUCUGCUUGUGAAACCACAGAGAUAGGGUAGCUCCUGCCACCCUCUGCUGUGUGUACUUUUUUCUCCAGCCCUGUAAAGAUAAAUAUCCAGAACGAGGUGGUUUAUUUUUCCAUGGGUAGAUCUUAUGUAGGUGAAUUAAAAGUCAUUUGUGGUGCCAGUAUUAAGUUUCAGUGGAUGUUUGAGAGACUUCAUCAUUGUGCUAGUUUUCUCUUUAUCUCCUUUUUUUUAAUGUGUUAUUUAGAUACUUGUGUUGUGUUUCAGCUGUUUUCAGUUUAAAAAAAAAAUCACUCUCAUUCUGACCACUAGGGGGCAAUGUCAGUUUUUGAAGAAAUUUCUUAAACCAGGAACAAUUAAACAUGAUAAAAUUACAAAAACACAAAAAAUCUGUUAUUAUCCAUAAACAUAUGAAACUUGGUUAGUUCAUUUGUUUCUUAAACUUUCACUUUUAUAAAGCCCACCAAUGAUGUUAAAUAUAUUUUUAUGCU